UCAUAAAGAUUCAAAAGUCUUAAAAUUUAAAAAUAAUAAAAAUAAAUGAGUAAGUUUUAGAAGAUUUUUAACUUUUUGAAGGAAUUAGAUAUUUUCGGAACCUAAAUAAGCUUGAAUUAUAAUAAAGAAAAUUCAUUUAGGACAUCUUUUGGAGGGAUUACAACUAUUGUUUGCUUGUUUCUCCUAUCUCUUCUUUGUUUUUCUACUGUAUCUAAUCUUUUCUAAAAAGCACAAGUAACAUAUGUGUAGUCUGUAAAUUAUAGUACUAAUCCAUCAGCUCUCGAAAUUAGUAGCGAUAAUUUUAUGAUUGCUGUGCAAUACGACUAACAAAAUUUUAUAACGAGACCAAUGAUUAACAUUACCUUUGAAUAAAGACUUUAUCAUAGAUCUAAAGAUGGUACAGUAUCUUAAAAAAAGAUACCAUACUAUCUAGAGCCUUGCACGCUUGAACACUUCAUUAAUCUUCCUAGCUAUUAAUUUAAUUGGACUGAAUCAUUUUAUCAGCAGAAUAUAUCUAAUUUUCUUUGUCUAUAAAAAAACUAAAAAUUUUAUGUUGGAGGGAUAUAUGAAAACGAAGACUUUCAAUUUAUUAAGUUUUCUAUAAGUAAAUGUGUCAAUUCAACUGCUAAUCCCAAUAGCCCCUGGAAUCCUACGUGUGAACAACCAGAUAUCAUAAAAUCAAAAUAAAAUUAGGGAUCAAGGAUUAGAUUUUUAAUUUCCAAUAAUAUUUUAAACCCUGAAAAAGCUACAGGAUCAAUAACAUCCUUUUUAGAUUCUUAAAUUUUUAAUGUCUAAUAGUCUUAAAUGUAUACUACUGCAAAUGUUUAUUUAAAUUAACAAACACUUAUUACUGAUGAAAGCAUAUUCCCAAUUGAGUCAUUACAUACAGAAAGCCUAAUUUAAUUUCAAAGAAGUGAUGUUCAGCAGUAAUUUUCAUUUGGAAAUUUUGGAGUAUAUUGUGAGAUAUUUUUUGCAAGGAGUAAUUUUUCAACUAUUGCAAAAAAGAGCUACUUAAAACUAAACUAAGUCAUUAGCUAUAUUGGUGGAUUCUGCCAGGUUUUCUUCAUUAUAUCCGUUUUUUUAGUCAAUAAAUACAACACAUACAUUUUUUACAAUGAGUUAGCAAAUCGGUUAUACGAUUUUGAUACAAAAGAUGAUGAAUAAAAUAACCCUUAGUAUAAGAUGGAUAAAAAGAGAGAUACUAUCUAAAAUAAAGAUGUUUUAAAUUCUUAAACUCGUAAUAAUACCAUAGAUCAAACACCUGUAAAUUUUAAAAAAGAUAAUAUAAAUUAUUUAAUUGGUUCCUCACCUUUAAAACCAAUUUAAGAAAGAAAUAAAAUUAUCCCUUUACAAUUAGAGAAAGAAGACAAAAAAUAAAACCUAAGCUUUAAAAAUUAUCUAGGCUAAUUAGAUAAUAGCAGUGGCAAGAAUAACUCAAUUCUUAAUAAUAUGUUUAAAAAUAAUAUUAAAAAAAAUAAAUCAAACAUAAAGGAUGAAGAUGAAAAACCUCCACUCAAUAUUUAAGAAGAGAAAAAUAUUCAAAAAAUUAAUUUAAAUGAAUUAGGGGAAAAGAAAGAUGUAAAAGAAAUAAAUGAUCUAGAUCAGUAGAAAUAAAGCCACUAAAAGUUCUCUACAAGCUAUUUAGACCAUGAAAUUUCUAUAUUAAAUGAUAAUAAAAAUACAGCUCCACUAAUUAAACCUUCAAAUGAAGACUAAAAUGAAUAAACAAUCAACAUAAAUUAAUUUUAGUUAAGUGAAUUAUCUUCAAGGAAAGAGUAAAAAGUUCAAAAUUUAGAAUUAUAAAAUGCUUAAAAUAAUUAAAUAACUGAAUAAGUCUCAUUUGAAAAUCAGGAAAACAGUUUAAUAAAAACAAAUUAAUUAUCUGGCCCUAAAAAUAUUUGGGACAAUUUAAUAAAAGUAGAAUAAAAUUAGUUGAAUAAAGAAAACAAAAACUAUCUCAAAUUAUAUAAAAAUUAAAGUCAUCCAGAAAGUUAAAAUUCAAAUAUAUUAAACUAAUAAGAAAAUUAGAAAAAAAUUACACAUUUAAAUUAAUCAGAAAAUAAUAUUUUUACUAAUAAUAAAGAAAUAAAUUCAAAUAAAUAAAGUUUAUAGCAUCUGUAAAAUAAAGAAGAUAUUAAACAUAGCUUGAAUUAAAAUUAGGAAUAUUAAUAGGGAAGCUAAGAUUAAAAUAAGACUCAAUAACCCAAUAAAGUAGAUGUGAAAAAAGAUUUUCAGUUUGAUAAUAAUUAAUUAGAUUAUAAGCAUGAGUACUUGAGAUAAAAUUAAAAAAAAGAUAUGAACAAAUACAUAAGUGACAAUUAAAAAAAUAAUAUUAAGAUGCUUACUUAAAUUAGAUAACCAAAUUAAUUUUUAGAAAAUGAGCUUAAAACUAUAAUCGACAGAGACAGGAGCUUAUAUGUAACUUUCAAAUAUAUUGUUAAUCAGCUAACUUGUGGAAAAAUAUUCAACACACCUGAUGUUUAAUUGCUCAAUAAAGCAUAUGAUUUAGUUAGUGAAGAUUUGGAUAUUUUUACUAUUCUCGAUAGAUAAUUACAAUUAAAUAAAAUCAAAAAUCUAAUUUUUAAUGAAGAUUAAUAAGUUUUAUUUAACUUUUUCCCUAAGCCUGUUAUUAAAUUAAAUAAAGAAACAGAACUACUUAACCUCAAAUAAAUCAAAGAUGAUGAACAACAACAAAGUAGAAAUCUAGCAAAAGUAAAAAGAAGAUAAAGAAGAUUAAAUAUAGGAUUUAAGGAACAUGGUAUAUUUGCUCAAGCUGUGUUUAAAUUUAGGAAAUAACAAGACAAAAUGACUAAUUAUUAAAAGCUUUAUAGCCACUAUUCUAAAUUAGCUAAGCAUUGCAUGGAUGACAAUUACUAAUCAUCUAUAAACAAAAAAUUAAUUGAGCAUCUAGGAGAUGAAAUGAGAUAUAUAUUUGAAGUUGCUGAUUUCAUGUAAAAAAAAUCAGCUAAAAGAGUUUCAUUGUUAAAUUAGCUAAACUAAUAAAAGGAAGAAUAUCCAUAAAAUUAAUGCUAGGAAAUAUUACAAAAAUUAAAUGAAAAUAUCUAGAAUUCAGUACAAAAUAAAAAUGAUAUUGAAAAUAAAGUACAAUAAAAUAUUACUAAUUAAGAUAACAAUUAAGAAAUCUAAUAAGAAUUUCCUAUUCUUAACUAACAAAAAGAUGAAAAUGAAAUUUAAUUAAUUGUUUUUGAUGAUGAUAUUGACAAAGAAAUUUAAGAUUGA